UUUUUAAGAAGGCACUGAUCCAAGGCACCUGAAAGUGAAGGAAGGGGCUAUUCUCCAAUCCCCACAAAAGCCACCCAAGCCCAGCGCUGCCCUGAAUAGUAGUAGCAAUAAUAAUAAUAAUAAUAAUAAUCCAUUUUCUUUUAAAGCCGGUGGAAUACAUAGGAUCGCCUCUGAGAGACCGGCGAUAGUCCAAAGUGGGUGGGGGAGAAGGCCGUGCUUCGGCGACCGAGGAGGGGGUGGUUGUGGGGUGAGAGGGUGGUAAAACAAAGGCGGCAUUGCCCUCGAUUGCCCUCGCGUUAGAGAAGCGCCAAAGCGCGAGUCAGUCCUGCGCGAGGAGGAGGAGGAGGAGAGCCGAGUGGAAACAUUUGGGCGGCCAAGGGAAGGUCCGAAGUGAAAUCGAAAGUUGAGCGAACUCCGAGGGAACUUUCGCCCUCCGAGCUGCGUCGUCGCCUUGACCCUGCGAAAGGUCGGCGGGCGAGGAGGAGGAGGAGGAGGAGGACCAGGCUUGCUCCGCUCGGCUUGCUGUGCCAGACGUGUGAACUUCACCUCGUCUCGGGGGGGGGGGCGAAGCGGGGAGGGGGCGAAGGGGCUCUUCCCCGAAGCAGGCAGCCGGCGCUCUGACUGAAACCAUUGGGAGGCGAUGGGCGGCUGAGGUGGACGCGCCGGGGGAAGCGAAGCGGCCGCGGAGCUGGGAAGCGCGCCUUAGAUCCGAGGGGGAGAGAGAGAGAGAGAGGAAAGAGACACGCGCAACGGGUUCCCACCCACCCCUUCAGGGAAAGAGAAGCACGAGGAGCCCGCAGUCAUCGCUGCCCUGAAGGAAAGUGUUUUUGUUUUGUCUGCUCUGCCCCCCCCCCUCAAAAAAAAGAAUGGUCAUGCGGGCACCAAGCUUGUAGAAAUAUAAUCAUUAUUAUUAUUGCCCUCGCGCCUCCGGAGAAGAUGGAUUUCCUAGGCGGAGUCAUGCAGCAUAAGAGCAUAACGCUGAUCGUAUUCCUGGAGUAUAUUAUUUCUGGCCAUCCUGGAGCAGAUUCAGCGAAGCUGAGAGCCUUCCGAUGUGACGGGCACUCCUGCAAUCCUGCCGUGGGGAACCUAGCGACUGGAAGAACGCCGGUCACGCUUACCACCUGCGGUCAGAACAGCACAGAACUUUACUGCUUUUACCCAGACCACCAUCUUCUCCACCACCACCACCACCACCACCAUGGCCCCCAAGGGUGCGGACAGCCCAGAUGCACCAAGUGUAACGCCAACCAGCCUGAUAACUCUCACCUCCCUUCCGCUAUGACGGACGACUUCUUCCUAAACCCCGCCUCCUGGUGGCAGUCUGCGCAAGGGGUGCACAGGGAGGAGAUCCGGCUGGAUUUGGAGACGGAGUUCUACCUGACCCAUGUCAUAGUGGUGUUCAAGUCGCCUCGCCCAGCGGCCAUGGUGCUGGAGAGGUCGCAGGACUAUGGUCAGACGUGGAGGCCGUACAAAUAUUUCUCUGCCAACUGCACGGCCACUUUUGGGCUCCCAGACGAUACCACCGAGGAAGGGUCUAUCUGUACCUCCAGGUAUUCUGACGUGAUGCCUUGCACUAGAGGAGAGGUGAUCUUUCGUGCCUUAACUCCUGCUAACAAGAUUGAAGACCCAUAUGGUCCUGAAGCACAAGACCUCAUGAAACUCACCAAUCUGCGGCUCCUCUUAUUAAAGAGACAAGAGUGUCCUUGCCAAGGCUCAGGACUGCUGGAGAAGCCCCACAGAUUCUCCCAUUAUGCCAUCUAUGACCUAAUUGUCCGAGGCAGCUGCUUUUGCAACGGCCAUGCGGAAGAAUGCCAACUUGCCAAUGGGACAGUUGUUGUGGACAACAUGGUCCAUGGGAAGUGCAUGUGCAGACAUAACACUGCAGGGCAGCAUUGUGAGAGGUGCGCGCCACUGUACAAUGACCAGCCAUGGGAGCCAGGCGAUGGAAAAACAGGGACACCAAAUGAAUGCAGAAAGUGUCGCUGCCACAGUCAUGCUGAGAGCUGCCAUUUUGACCUGAGCGUCUGGUUGGCAUCAGGGAAGCAGAGUGGAGGUGUCUGUGACAACUGCAAGCACAACACAGAGGGCUACCGGUGUCAAAGGUGCAAGCCUGGUUUUUACAGAGACAAAGCCAAACCCAUGUCUUCGCCGGAGAUUUGCAAACCUUGCUCCUGCCACCUCAUGGGCUCAGUGAACACGACUUUCAACCAGAGCUGGAAAUGCCACCCAAAGACAGGAUUCUGCUUCUGCAAACCAGGCGUUGCAGGCCCCAAAUGCGACCGGUGCCUCUUGGGCUAUUGGGGAUUUGGAGAGAAUGGCUGCCAGCCUUGUGACUGUGCCAGAGACUGUGACAAGCACACUGGAGAAUGCCUCAGCAAUUACGACAAUCAGGCUUUUUUCAACAUUCCCAUUGGUGGAAGAAUCCCUGACCUUAUUCAAACACCAGCCAAUGAAACUGAAGAUGAGUGGCAGUGGAAUGACCAUGAGCAAGGGUUUUCGGCACUAAGACAUCCAGAAAAGUGUGUCUGCAAAGAAAGGAUACUAGGAAGCGUCACCAAUUUCUGCCAGAUGAAAUAUGCUUAUGUAAUAAAAGCAAAGAUCCUCUCCGCUCAUGACAAAGGAACCCAUGCAGAAGUCAUUGUAAAGGUCAAGAAGGUUCUGAAAUCGGGAAGAGUGAAAAUCACAAGGAAUAACAGAAGCAUCUAUCCUGAGUCUUGGACCAACAGAGGGUGCACAUGCCCAAUUCUUAAUCCUGGUGUAGACUACCUGAUAGCAGGACAGGAAGACACACGGACUAACAAACUUCUCGUGAACAUGAACAGCCUGGUGAAGCCCUGGAAAGCUCACUGGGGGAAACUAGUCGCAGACAUGCUUCGAACUGGAUGCAAAUAGUACCUUCUUUCAAAGCAAAAGCCACAGACUUUACAUAUGUUAGUAAUAUUGCAGUGAAAGGCCUAAGUAGUUCUCUUGUUGUCUAUCAGAACAUUCCUAGCUAAGGGGAAUUUAAAAACAGAAUCUCUCUCCUCACCCCCGUCAAAUUUUGUGUUUUAGGCAGGAAUCUUGUGCCUUGAGUUCUUUCUCCCAAGAAUCAAAGGACAACGACAAACAAUCCCAGCCCACACAGACUUGGAAACCUCAACCCUUAACUUUGUUUGCCUAGGAAUCACAACUUAUAGCUUGCCCACAUCGUUUAUCUGGAACUAAGCCCCACCACCACAGUCAGUGUCAAGAUUACAAAAUGCAUCGCACGUUGAUGCUUUCAAGUUCCAUCCUGAUACUACUAACGCAUAAACUUAUAGCUGCUUCACUAAAGCAUUUGUUUCGGGGUGGGUGGGUUGCUUUUUUGAAGCAGCCAUAAAAGAUGAGCAAACAACUUUGUCGAGCUUUGGAGCAACAACAUGCUCAACAGUUGGCCUGUCACAUGACUCCUGCUUUAUUCGGCAAUCUUUUCAGCUGACUAAGCAAGCUACAGUUAAAAUAAUAUACGCAGCCUUUGGGGGUCCUUAAAGAGUGUGUACGUGCGCCCUCGGCAUUUGCAAUGGGAUGGAAAGAUUCUGUAGAUUUAUGUUGUCUGUGUCCGAACUUUGCCACCAGAGAAGCCAUCAGGCAGAGCCUGUGAGAUGGUAGAAGAGGCUAAACGCCUUCCCAGGACUUAGCCCCCCCGGGGGAUUCUGGGAAGUGUGUGCACUGCAUACGGGGGGCAUGGCUGGGGUCUGAUCCUGCAGGCAGGACUCUCAAUGGACUUCACCUUCGUUCUUUCACAGAGCUUCCGGGGAAAGUGAUUCGUGGGGGGAGUUGGAUUAGAGAUUACAAGGACUGAUGAGUGGCGUGGGGAGAGUUGGAUUAACAUCAUUUGCCUUCUCUAGGGCUCUGUUCUCUCAAUACGUGCACCAAAUCAACAAUAGUUCUGGCUUUAACUUUGAACCCACCUGCUCCCAUCAAAGGUCUUCUCCCACCGGCAUCCAUUGCACCACACAAAUUUCAGGAGGAUUGCUGCUAAGAAGGACUUGUGCAGCACCGAUGAUUCCUUUGUGAGGGAAGAAUGCAGCACCGGCCCACAGUUUCUGCAUACAAGUAGUGAAAGAAGUCCUGGAAGUUGACUUGGUUUAGCGUUGGUAGAUUCACCAAACCACCACAGAAGAGGUUGCAGUACAGCUAGUGAGACAUACUGAUAUGCAUGCCACAUUCAAGGAAACAUCGGCUACCUCUGGGAACAGCCAUGUGGUUAUUCUGGCAUGCUCUUUCCAAGAUAAUAUUUGAGUCUCAAGUGCAGUCCUGCUAAUAUUUCAUGUAAAAAACUGUCAUAGCUGCCACCAACUUGCCUGCUUUCCUGUGGCAUUUACGUUCCGUUUAAGAGUAGGGCUGCUGCUCCAGAGAAGCAGACACGGAGCAAUGGAUUCAAGCUACAAGAUAGAAGAUUCCACCUAAACAUUAGGAAGAACUUCCCGACAGUAAGAGCUGUUCGAGAGUGGAAAUUUGCUGCCAAGGAGUGUGGAGGAGUCUCCUUCUUUGGAGGUCUUUGAGCAGAGGCUUGACAGCCAUAUGUCAAGAAUGCUUUGAUGGUGUUUCCUGCUUGGCAGGGGGUUGGACCGGAUGGCCCUUGUGGUCUCUUCCAACUCUAUGAUUCUAUGAUUCUAGGGCUUCUCAAAGAGCUCUCUUCUCUAAUAUGAAAGAUGGUCAACUAGUGAUGUUGGUAUUCUCUAUUUUCUGUUGGUUGGUUCAAAGAGAAUGGCACCAUGAAAAUGCUUAAGUGUUGGCCUUUAAGAAACACAAUACCUUGUCUUAUUGAUCUUGCCUUGUUUUACUGAUUUAGCUGCGAUUCCUGCAUUACAGAGGAUUGGACUACAACUCUACAAUUCUGAUUUUACGAUUCCUGAAGAGUUGAGGCACUUGUGAGCAGGCACACAAGUAACUACAUCUUGCAUCGUCUGUAAGGCUGGCAGGUAGCAUUCAGCGUUCUGGCUAGUCAAGGCACACAGAAAUCUGCACAAAGAUACAAAGGCUACCUUUGCUUGCCACACUGAACCAUGGUUUAGCAUGUGUGUGAGUCCCUCCUCUUCCUGGCAGAUUGAAAGCUUCUGCUUCUGACUAACCACAGUUUACUGUGCCAUCUGUUCCUGUGGCUAAUCACAAAUAUGCUAAGUUUAAACAAGCCCGCUGCAGUAACUAUGGUUUAAAGUUGCCUUCUUUGAAACUAACAAGAGCUCAUGCCAGUCCAAAUGAAAUGGCAAACCAUAGGCUAAGCAAAAGCUUUCAAACUACUCCUGGCUCAUGAGAUGAGGAGGGACACAGGCUUAUCUCGCUGCAGCUCUGUCCUGCUUGCUCAUGUCACUCUAAAUCACAGGCUUGUGUAAAGUGCAGCUUUCACCAGACCUGCCACCCCUCGAAUCAGGUAGCCAGUUACAGCUAACAGGACAGGUUUGUCCAUUGGAAGAGGCUCAAGAUGCUCACAAAAAUAUACUGUAUACACAACCAUCCAGAUUUGCUGCAGUUGUUUUCUUCUGCAGCUUGAGAGCUCUGCACCACCACCACGGCUGACAAUCCUAUCGGCCUGUGAAGGACACACUAGUUGUGCUUUCUCCCCCAUAUCUACUUUUUAGUUUGCAAAUCACUGCAUGAACAAGUUUUUAACAUCUUGCAAAACCUCUCAGGCCCAUCAGUUCUCUAUACAGCUAGCUUCUAUUGCAAUAUGCCAAACCUUUUUGCCUGGGGUCAGUCUUGCAGAGAAAUUGCUAAGUCCAUACACAAAAACUGAGUGUACUUCAUUGAGCUUGAAAUGGUGUUGUCUACAGAAGCCACAUCUGGAGCACGAAACUUGGGUCACACAGGGCAGUCCAUUGAAAAGAAAUUCCAAGGCAAGGAGACUAGUAUUCCUUAGCAUUUACAAAGAUGUAAUAUUGACCAGACUGGCUUAACUGAAGGCUUCCAUUUGAAGUCAGGCAUCCAUUAGGGACACAUUUUCAUCAAUUGUAAUGGGAGAAUAGAAGAUGCGUUGCUCAGAUAUUACUUGUCCUAAAGAUUGUGAAGUUUGUUUUGAAUGCCACUCAGCUGCAGGAGAAAUGGAAAUCUAACUUCACUUAAACACGUGGAAAGGUUAUCUGUAGGUUAUGGGAAACACUGUCCGAUGUGAAAAAAUGCUCGUACUUAACCACAGGCCAAGGCCUUCUUCAUACAAUUGUUCUUUUAUUUAGGCUCCGGUAUGCAUUUCAGGUAAUCUAUGAGUAGAAGCCAUUACUUCUAGUUGCUCACAGUUUUCAUUAAAGUGCUAAAGUCAAACUGGA